AAUGUUUUUUUCUUUUAAUGAAAGACCCUCUGGUGCAGAGGGUCACACAGCUAGUAAAUUGCAAAGCUGAGGUUUGAACCCGUACUGGUUCCAGAGCCUGACUCCUCACCCAGAAUUACAGGACCACCCCUGCUGCGGAGACUCUCAGAGUUAGGGCAACGGAAGGCAGGCAGGGAGCAUCCUUGCUCUUAAAGAGCUAGAGCUGGCAGUGGGGGGUGGGGGGUAGGGAUGGCCCAGCGGGUGAGGCUUCAGGUCCCAAGACUCUGAUCUACUGUCCCGUCCUCCCAGAAGGCCAAGAUGAAUUGACCUCCUGCUGUCAGCUCUUUAUUUUAAUCUCGGGGGGCUUCUGGGAGCUCGCCUCCCUCCCCCAACCCCAAGCUUCAGGCGCCUCCUCCCUCCAAGUCCUGGGAUGAACCAGCCACAAAUCCUCCUAAUCCGUCAGCAUCUCAGGGUGUGACUGUCUCCUGCGGCAAACCCAGCCCGGCAGCCAGGAGACCCCAUUGCUCCCACCCACCCAGCGGUGACAGCCCAGCUGGGCCCACGCCACCUCACCCAUGGGGAACAGCAAGAGCGGGGCCCUGUCCAAGGAGAUCCUGGAGGAGCUGCAGCUGAACACCAAGUUCACGGAGCAGGAGCUGAGCACCUGGUACCAGUCCUUCCUGAAGGAGUGCCCCAGCGGCCGCAUCACCCGGCAGGAGUUCCAGACCAUCUACUCCAAGUUCUUCCCCGAGGCCGACCCCAAGGCCUACGCCCAGCAUGUGUUUCGCAGCUUCGAUGCCAACAGCGAUGGCACCUUGGACUUCAAGGAGUACGUCAUCGCCCUGCACAUGACCAGCGCGGGCAAGACCAACCAGAAGCUGGAGUGGGCCUUCUCCCUCUACGACGUGGAUGGCAACGGGACCAUCAGCAAGAACGAGGUGCUGGAGAUUGUCUCGGCUAUCUUCAAAAUGAUCAGUCCUGAAGAUGCAAAGUGUCUCCCAGAAGACGAGAACACCCCGGAGAAGCGAGCAGAGAAGAUCUGGGGGUUCUUUGGCAAGAAGGAUGAUGAUAAACUUACAGAGAAAGACUUCAUCGAAGGGACCCUGGCCAAUAAGGAAAUUCUACGACUGAUUCAAUUCGAGCCUCAAAAAGUGAAGGAGAAACUGAAGGAAAAGAAACCCUGAUGUCAACCGCUCAGGUCUCCUCCCUGCCCACCCCUCUCAAAUAAACACGCGUGUGCACGCACACACACAAACACAAACACACACCGCCCCCGGGGCCUGGAGGGCCUCCAACUCACAGCACAUUAAACCCUCCUGCACACCUCCCGGCCAAACCAAAGUGUCGUUAAAUAAGUCACCAAGUCCCGCCCACUACACUGCCCGCCUCCCCUCCCCUCAGCCCGCCAGCCCAGGCCUCCGUAAUAUUUCCAGGAUUAGGUCACAGGAGCCCUAAAUAUAGGUCACUGGAGCCCUAAAUACCCCCCGCCCCCAUGUAAGCUCCUUUGUGAAUUGUUAGGUAAGCAGGUUCCAAUAAAUGCAAGAGGAGCCGGGCA